AUGACUGGACGUGGCAAAGGUGGUAAGGGUCUCGGAAAGGGCGGUGCCAAGCGCCACCGUAAGAUCUUGCGCGACAACAUUCAGGGUAUCACUAAGCCCGCCAUCCGUCGUCUUGCUCGUCGUGGUGGUGUCAAGCGUAUCUCAGCCAUGAUCUAUGAGGAGACCCGCGGUGUCCUCAAAUCCUUCCUGGAGAGCGUCAUCCGUGACGCUGUCACCUACACCGAGCACGCCAAGCGCAAGACUGUCACUUCGCUCGACGUCGUAUAUGCUCUCAAGCGCCAAGGCCGCACCCUCUAUGGCUUCGGUGGCUAA